ACCCUUCAGUCCGCAGGCCAACGCUCUGACCACUGAGCCAAAUCGGCCAGGGCGCUUUCCCAAGUUUGAGGAAUGACCGCAGUGAUUAGGGCUUCACUCUCUUCCCCUGAUAUUCAGUGGGAGGGUUCAGGCCCUGGGCCCUUGGUAAGAGAUCACUGGAAACACUGCCUGUUUGUUUAUUGUUUCCCUGGCUGCUUAGUCAUUCAUGCCACUGCUGGUGUGGCUGCCAGGCUCUGCUGAGCCCACGUGAAAUGGCCGAGUCACCAGGUAGUGGGAGGCUUUCUGCCCGGCUUGUACUGUGCGUCUCUGUGGGCACAAAGGUCGGAGAUGGCAAUCCUGAGUUACCAGGUGUGGCGUCCAGGGAGCCUGGAGCACUUUGUCUCUCCUCCCUCCUCCACCCCCAUGCACUGUAUGGCCAUCAGCUCCUGUCCCUCCAGGAGGGAAGGGACAGUCCGUUUAUUCUCUGAUUAACUGGUAGAGAACAGAUGAGAGGAACACGAGGGGUUGCCCUGCAGGCGGUUAACCAGUAGGCUAGCUGUCUGCUCCUGGGCUUCACCCCCUCGGCACCCUUCCCCCCCGCAGCCCUGGCCUCCUUUCUUAUUCUCCUAUGAACCAAGGAGCUUAAGCCUGGAGGGUCUGGGACGCUGGCAGGACUCUUCCACUUACGAACUGGGUGCCGAAGCUGCAGCUGUUGGUUUUCACACUUGUCCUGCCCUCCUCCUGGGCCCAGGACCUCGCUCCUGCAGCGGGAGGGGAAGGACGGGUGCGAUGGACGCUGCUGCAGGAGGGAGACGCGGGCCUGGCCGUGGCAGCCCUUCUCUACCGGGCAGCCCUCCUCCGCUCUGACUGGAACUUUGGGGUUCCGGGAAACCACCUUUCUACUUCAUUUCCAGUGUAUCAGGCCAGCUCCGAGGCCUGGCUGCUCUGUUUAAAUCGAGGUCUUCCUUGUCCCGUCCCGCCUCACCGACUCCUGUGAAUCCUUCAGGUCUUGGAAAAGCCUUCCUCUAGGAAGCCAUUCGAAAUUCUUCCCACCCCACUGCCCCUCCCCAGGCCUGUUUUUAUAGCCUCCCUCUUUACUUCACUCUUCCCUAUCACGCACCACGUCUUUGUAAAAAUAUGUUCUCCCCGAUAUGAGAGGCAUAUGGGUCUGUCGUGUGUAAAGAUUUACCCUCAAUGCCUAGAACUUGCCAGGCAUCUAUUUGAAUGAAAGUGGGCCUGGACUUUCUUAAACAUGUUAGGUAAUGUAUUUGGACCUAAUUUCUUUAGGUCAGGGACAAAGAAGCAUUUGGUUUUGGAGCUACUGAAAUGGAAGCAUCUGUGUCUAGUGCCCACACAAAUAUAUGCAACUGAAACUAAGUAAGAAGGUUAUCUUUGGGGAAACAGAUUUGGAAAUCACUAGUAAGUCCUGGAAGGACGCCUCCUAUACCCCCAAUGUUGCUACUCAAAUGGUCUGGAUUUGGUGUGAUUAGAAUACAAUUACAGGGGGUGGAGGACAGGGCUCCCACUCCAAUUAGAUUUUCUUUCCCAUAGACUCACCCAUGUUUUUCAUCACAGAAAUGGCCUCCGCCUUCCACCCCCGAGAAUGUAAGCUGUCUAAACAAGAAGGGCAAAGCUAUGGCUUCUUCCUGCGGAUUGAGAAGGACACUGCAGGCCACCUGGUCCGGGUGGUGGAGAAGGGCAGCCCGGCGGAGAGGGCUGGCCUCCAGGAUGGGGACAGAGUUCUCAGGAUCAACGGCGUCUUUGUGGACAAGCAGGAGCAUAUGCAGGUUGUGGAUCUGGUCAGAAAGAGUGGGAAUUCAGUGACCUUGCUAGUUCUGGAUGGGGAUUCCUACGAGAAAGCCAUGGCAAAAAAGGUGGACCUGAAAGAGUUGGGUCAAAGUCAGAAGGGGCCAAGUUUGAAUGAUAAGAAACUGCCCCCCGUGAUGAACGGAGGAGCACAGGCUUGGGCCCAGCCUCGGCUCUGCUACCUGGUGAAGGAGGGGAGCAGCUUUGGCUUUUCUCUGAAGACCGUCCAAGGUAAGAAGGGAGUGUACAUGACUGACGUAGCACCUCAGGGUGUGGCCAUGAGAGCUGGCGUCCUGGCCGACGAUCACCUGAUUGAAGUGAAUGGAGAGAAUGUGGAAGAUGCCACUCACGAGGAGGUGGUUGAAAAGGUGAGGAAGUCGGGAAGCCAUGUCGUGUUCCUGCUGGUGGACAAAGACACUGACAAACACCAUAAUGAGCAGAAGAUAAAAUUCAAGAGAGAAACGGCCAGUCUGAAAUUACUACCCCACCAGCCCCGGCUUGUUGAGAUGAAGAAGGGAAGCAAUGGCUAUGGUUUCUACCUGAGGGCAGGCCCAGAUCAGAAAGGUCAAAUCAUCAAAGACAUAGAUUCUGGAAGCCCAGCAGAGGAGGCUGGCUUGAAGGCCAAUGACCUGGUAAUUGCCGUCAACGGCGAGUCUGUGGAAUCCCUCGGUCAUGACAGCGUGGUGGAAAUGAUCAGGAAGGGCGGAGACCAGACUUCGCUGCUGGUGGUGGACAAAGAGACGGACAGCAUCUACCGACUGGCUCAUUUUUCUCCAAUUCUCUACUAUCAAAGUCAACAACUGCCUAAUGGUUCUGUCAAGGAUGCUCCAGCUCCUCCUACUCCUGCUCCUCUGGAGGUCUCAUGUCCAGACACUGCGGAGGAAGUAGAACAUAAGCCUAAGCUGUGCAGGCUGGUUAGAGGUGAAAAUGGCUAUGGCUUCCACUUAAAUGCAAUUCGGGGUCAGCCAGGCCCAUAUGUCAAAGAGGUGCAGAAGGGCAGCCCCGCCAGCCUGGCGGGGCUGGCAGACGAGGACAUCGUGGUCGAGGUGAACGGGGUGCCUGUGCUGGACGAGCCCUACGAGAAGGUGGUGGGCAGGAUCCAGAGCAGCGGGAAGAGCGUCACACUCCUGGUCUGCGGAAAGGCGGCCUACGACUAUUUCCAGGCUAAGAAAAUCCCCAUUGUUUCCUCCAUGGCUGACCCGCUGGAUGUACCUCCGGAUUCCAGAGGAGCACAGGCGGACUCAGAGCACGACUCACACGUGGCGAAAGAUCGAGUGAGUGGUGACACAUUUCCCUCAGUGACCUAACUUCCAGUGAUCAAACUAUUUAUGUACAAAUUCUGGUUCUGCUACAAGUAAAUGGAUUUCCUCUCUCUGCGCCUUGGUUUCCUCACCUAUAAAACAAGGGUAAUUUGUAGGACCGCUAUUAGGAUUAUAUUUACCAAGACUAUUAAAGCGGUUCCACUAGUGCCUUGUGCACCCUCAGCAUGAAAGUGAAAGCUGGUGGUUAGAGACAGUUUUGUUUUAAAAAUAACUGGUAGGGCCCAGCCAGGCAUGGCCCAGCGGUUCAGCAUUGACCUAGGAUCCAG